UAAAAAGGUAUUCCAACGGUAACAUAUGAUUAUACAAGGGCAUUACAACUAUUGUGUUAAUGCAAUUAGAUUAAUUAGUCGAGUCGUCCAUAGGUGGAAUUAUAUUAUAAAUCUAAAUACUAAAGCGUUUCUAGCAGCACAAAACAAAAUCAAGAGCAAUGAUCGACCUCUACCAUUACACGCUUAUCAUCUUAUAUGGGGUUGUUACAUGUGUCGGCGGUUCGUUUGAUGCCAGCAUCAGUCAGAAAACCCAGCAUCCACUGGAAACACUGAUUGGUCAUAUUGACAAUGUGAACACAAACCUCCAAACACUAUCGCGAUCCAUAAGAAGCGCACAAUCGCACAUUGCAGCUAGACAAAUGGAAGAAUGUAACGUGAUGGGACCGAUGUCAGACUCAAUAUGCGACUUGCUGAUCCUCGACGAAAGGCUGAGGGCCGGGGAAGAUGUCCAGCAAGCCAUUCACUCUACUUAUGCCCCCGAAAAGCGUAAUGGUUAUCGAUUUCAUAAUGACCGAGAACGGACUAAGUAUGUUCAAGACUUGAUGCAAAAGCAGGAACUGCUAACUCGCUUGAAUGACCUUAUAGACACCUCCACGAACGUUGUUCAAACGAGCAGGAAACGGACGUGCAAUUUGAACCUUGGCUUCCACUGCCAGACGGAACAGUAUACAGACAUGGCGGAUAUGUACAAAUGGCUUCAGAGCGCCCUGAGUCCCGGAAAACGGCGCUAAAAUUCGCAUUGUCUUGUAUGCGAUGACAGCCUUUGUCGAUAAAGGCAAAUUAAAAUAUAUAUGUUCUAUAUUUGCAAAACACGAACGCACAGUCACGCAGUGUCAUUGGUAGGAUACUUUAUACGCAAUUCAAAAGCAUAAAAAACAAAGUAUUUUUAUGUUAGAAUGCAACGCAGUCGUUUUUAUGUGUGGCAAGAAUAUUUCUUAAACGAAAGAUAUAAACAGGACAGCCGAUCUUCAUCGCAUAUUAUGUCUUAAUCAAUUAAUAUCAUCCAACAAACUGCUUACGCAUGUUAAAUACUACAAAAUAAUGUUCGAUUCUAAAAUCGCAAUGCAUGUUAUAUAACAUGCCGACUAAGUUGUGCGUAGAUGACGAUUAUAAAUAAUGUUCAUCGCUCAUAUUUACUUAUUGUAAAUAAAUGCUCAUGAAUAAG